AUGUCAUUAGAAGAACCAAGUGCUUCCGUACAGCCUUCUUCUAUUUCUGACAUCCCGGUUAAUGGCAAGCCUGAGCUGGAGGUCUCGGGAAAACACGCCCUUGAUCCGGAGUCUCCGGACGGCUCUGACUUGAAGAAGCAGAAACUGGACCCAGAUGAGCAACCUUCACAGCCUGCACAGCCCGACCAGGCUCCUCCUGCUGAGGCUCCUGAACAGCAGUCUGAACAGCCCAAGGUGGAGGCCUCUCCAGAUACGGGGGCUCCUGCGCUUGUUCCUGCCAACAUGGAGCCUGCUCCCAAACCUCCCCCAGAGCCAGACAUGAACAACCUCCCCGAGCAUCCGCUACCAGCACAUCAGAAGAAGCAUGCCAUCACCUCUAUAAAGGCCGUGCGGCGACUGAAGGAUGCUGGCCCGUUCCUGACGCCGGUCGACACAGUGAAGCUCAACAUCCCAUUCUACUACAAUUUCAUCAAACGGCCAAUGGACUUGUCGACGAUCGAAAAAAAACUGAAUGUGGACGCGUACGAGACCCCGGAGCAGGUUAUGGACGAUUUCAAUUUGAUGGUCAACAACUGCAUCACGUUCAACGGGAAGGACUCUGCGAUUUCCCAGAUGGCCAGAAAUAUACAGGCAAGCUUCGAGAAACACAUGCUUAAUAUGCCACCCAAGGAAUUGCCACCGGGAACGCAAGUUUCUGCCACCAAGGGCACCAGAAGAAAGACAAACGCCGGCUUGGAAGUUCCGCAACUUAGGCGAGACAGCGCGUUGGACAACGGGAGACCCAAGCGGGAGAUUCAUCCGCCAAAGCCCAAGGACAUGCCAUACGAUAUCCGACCAAGAAAGAAAAAGUUCCAGGCCGAGCUGCGUUUCUGUCAGCAGGUGAUCAAGGAGCUGAUGUCGAAGAAGUACGAUUCCAUUUCGUAUCCGUUUCUGGCCCCCGUUGAUCCGGUGGCUCUUGACUGUCCAACCUAUUUCGACGUUGUGAAGGAGCCUAUGGACCUGGGAACUAUCUACAGCAAGUUGCAAAAUGGCGAGUACGAGAACGCAGAUGAGUUCGAGAAGGACGUGAGACUCGUUUUCCACAAUUGCUACUUGUUCAACCCUGAGGGAACGGCUGUGAACAUCAUGGGGCACAGGCUGGAGAGUGUAUUUAAUGAGAAGUGGGCGAAUCGUCCGACGACUCCGGUGUCGCCUGCAAAUAUUUCUGAUUUCGACUCGGAUUACGACGACGACGACGACUUCAACGUGGACAUCGACUCGAUCACGGACCCAACGAUCGAGUUUUUGGUGGCCAACAUCGAGCGUAUGACCCAGGACCUCAAGAAGAUGAGACAGGAGAAGUACGAGCAGAUGAGGAAGGAGUGGCUGAAGAAGCGCAAGAACAAGAAGGGGGGCAAGAAGGGCACGAAGAAAAGAAAGGAGUCCGUUUCGCAGCCUAACGGUAUUUAUCCUACGCAUGUGACCUACGAGAUGAAGAAGGAGAUCAGCGAGGCGAUGGGGUCUAUCAACGAAAAGAUGCUGAAGAACGUGAUCGCUAUCAUCAAAGAAGGAAUCCCGGAUCUUGCUGACGACGAGGAGAUCGAGCUGGACAUGGACCAGCUGAACAACGAGACCUUGUUGAAACUGUACAACUAUAUUGUCAAGGGCAAGAGUUCCAAGUCCCAGCGCAAGAAGAAGAAGGGGGGCAAUAGCGAGGAGAAGAAGAUCGAGAGUUUGAAGAAGAAACUCGCGCAGUUCGAGAACGCCGAGGCGGACGAGAGCUCCGACGAGGACGAUGACGACGAUGAGGACGAGAGCUCCGAAGAGGAGUGA